CCCGAUCAUCUGCCUUUGCCAGCGACACCUUUGUUGGUGCAUUGUUGAACUUGAUCGACGCAUCCACCCCGCCCAGCGCCAGCUGCAGCUCUCUCGGCGGCCCCUGCAGCCGCACCGACUUCUGCCGCAACACCACGCCGAGUCACCAUCAACCCGGACGUCCUUCGUCAGCCUCUGCAUCAGCCAAAACAGACCCGGCAUCCACCACAACAAGCUCUUUGCGAGUCUGCAACAGGCGGCCCGGCAUCCCCUGUCGAACCAGUCGCUAUCUGCACGCUGGCAUCCCCUCCUCCGCACUCGCUGCAUCAGUCAUCAGAGCAUAACGAUCCUUUCGGGUCGGCCGACUGCUCCAGCAGCUUCGCUGUGCCUCUUCGUCCUGCUCUAUUGCCGAUCAACGUCGUCAAACCAUGCCCGCUCUGUCGCCCCGAAUCUACGUCGCAACCUUCUUUGGUUACAUCUUUAUCAGAAAACGGAUAGCUCUCUGGGUGCCCGUCGUCAAGGCCUACUGCUUCUACCUAUUGGUCCUGAUCAUGCUCGUCUAUCUGCUGUUUGCUCUGUCGAACGUCCAUUCGCCCCGCUCAUGGUUUGGCCUCAGAGGCAAGACGCAGGCCGGCCCCGCCAAUCUUGCCGACCCACCCAUGCUUCCCAAGCAGGAUGUCGCCAAACCAGUCUCUUUCAUACCGUUUGAGUAUCACUUUGAUGGGGCCACGGACAACCCGACGUUGCGCUUUUGGGUUUCGCAGCUUCAGAACGCACAGCGAUAUGCCAACGCCCUGGACUACUCUGAAAUCGAUCCAGACAACUAUGCCAGUCUGUUUCCGUCCUAUGUUUCUCCGAUCAAUGUUGGUUCGUCCUUUGCCAAUUUGCUCGAAUCGCGAUGCAUGGAGGCCGAAGUGGAAGGCUUCACGCCAUGUUCUCAGACACCCUACGAUCCGAUGAGUCUUGAGGUCAUCAAGUCUUUCAUCAGAACGAAUCCCGGCUCCGAGGGACAUGUUCUGCCCAACGUACUGGAGCUCAACUUUGAUGCUGCAGAUCGAACCUCCAUUCUUCCGUGGCUUAUCCAUGAGCUCUCGUUGAAUGGUUCGGAUAACACCCAUGUGGUGUCGGUCAAACCCGAGCCGGACCCAACAAGCUGGCUUGAUGAUAUGCGAGAAUUCAUGAUGUCGCUAGAAUCGCCGUCGAUUCGGUGGGACGGCCUCUCUGGGUUUGGCAAAGCUUGCGAACAGCUCGAUCGCCUUGUUUUGCCUCUGGAGCUGAUCUUCAUGAAUCUGGCGCCGGAUGGAUUUGCCGACGCGACGACGGUAAAGUGCAUUCGUCAACUGUUCGGGGCCUGGACCGACCCCAUCCGCCCGACCCUCAUCGUGGCCACAACAACAAAGGCAAGCCUGCCUGCCAUGAUGGCUGUCAAGGAACUGGUCGACGCCGAGUGGCCGUUCCUGGUAUUCGAUGAUCCUCUGCGUGCCUCUGCAACGGUUGUGUGGGCUGCCGUCGCCUGAGGAGGCGAAUCUGCUCUGUCGCUGCGGCUUGUUUGCAUUCAGCCAAACCCUCCUUGGCAAGCCGAUUGAUAUCUCGUCAGUAUCUAUGUGUUUUCCUGCCCUUGUGAUCAUGAAAAAUAGGUCAUCCGGACAGCUUCGACCGGCGAUAAUGGCUGGCCGGCCCAAUAAUCUGCAUUUACAACUUUAACAGCAAUAAACUUGACGCUUUGGUUU